AUGGCUUCGUCGUUGAACCGCUCGCUGCUCCGCUCGGCGGUGCUCGCCAGCCGCUCCUAUGCAUCUUCUUCCACGGCUGCGCCACUCCGCUUCGCCACCGCCGCACCCUCCACCACGCUCUACAGCGCGCGCCUCUUCUCGUCGUCCAUCGCCCGUUCGCUCGCCACGCCGCAGACCGGCCCCACACACAUCCCCGAGGGCCCACACACUGCGUCACCCAACCCGGUCAAGACCGCCACCUACGACGCCACCGCCGCACAGAGCCAGAUCGACGAUGCGCCCGUCUACCCGGACUACUCCAAGGGCCCCUCGGCGCUAGACAAGGCCGGCCAGCUCUUCUUCUUCACCGAGAUCCUGCGCGGCAUGUGGAUCGUGCUCGAGAACUUCUUCCGCCCGCCGUACACCAUCAUGUACCCCUUCGAGAAGGGCCCGCUCAGCCCACGCUUCCGCGGCGAGCACGCGCUGCGACGAUACCCCACGGGCGAGGAGCGCUGCAUCGCCUGCAAGCUGUGCGAGGCCAUCUGCCCCGCCCAGGCCAUCACCAUCGAGUCCGAGCCGCGCGAGGACGGCGCACGCAGGACCACCCGCUACGACAUUGACAUGACCAAGUGCAUCUACUGCGGCUUCUGCCAGGAGGCGUGCCCCGUCGACGCCAUCGUCGAGACCCAGAACACCGAGUACUCCACCGAGACGCGCGAGGAGCUCCUCUACAACAAGGAGAAGCUCCUCGCCAACGGCGACCGCGCCGAGGCCGAGAUCGCCGCCAACAUUUAUGCCGACCACCUCCAGCGCUGA